AUGAAGCUCCUCACCCUCAACUUCCUCACCUGCGCCCGCAAGGCCUGCAAACAAGAACCCGCCGCNUUUCCCCUACACCCGCGCGACGCCGAGCUCGAACGCGUGGAAAUGGAGUUGAACCCCGAGUUUUUGGUCAAUGUGUUGCCGCGUCUAGAGUGGAAGGCGAUAAGAAGUUUGGGUGAAGAGCUCGGUCUCCCCACCCUCCCCGAAUCAGCGCCAGAAGAAAAAGAUCUAAUGGAUGAGAAUACAAAGGAACCGACACAGACACUGCAAGAUUUACAUGCGCUGCUUGUGGAGACGAGUGUGAGUAAUGGAAAGUUGGUGUGUGGGCAUUGUGGACACGAGUAUGCUGUCAAGGAAGGCAUUGCGAAUUUCUUGCUGCCGAGUCAUUUGGUGUAA